CUUAAAGUCUGCACUGUAAAAUAUGACUUUUUAUGAUGGCCAGUAUCCGUUUUAUCCUCAUGAAAGGAAACCAUGGGUCUUUAAUGUCCAGUGCAUCAUUAUCAUCAUUGUCUUUUUGGUUUUUGCCCUGUCCUUUAUAGUCAUACUGCCUGGAAUUAGAGGUAGAGGGAGAAUAUCCUGGGCAUGUAGAAUCAUAACAAGCCUAUUUAUUGGAACCGUAAUAGUCGCUGUUAACUUUACCUCGGACUGGGAGGUGGGAUCAGUGAGUGCAACAACUACAUAUAAAUCCUUCAGUAAUGCUGUUGUAAAUGCUGAUAUUGGACUACGUGUGGGGCUUAAUGGCAUUAAUGUUACUCUUAAAGGAAAUCCUAUUCAUCAAAUUAAUGAAACAAUAAACUACAAUGAGGAGUUUGCUUGGAGCUUUGGAUCAGAUUAUAAUCAAUAUUAUGACGACGGACUUAAAAAAGGUCUUCCAAAUCCCAUUCUGUAUGUGGCUGAAAAAUUCACCCAGUAUAAUCCGUGUGGGAUGUUUGCCCAGUACAGAAUAUCUGGUCAUUAUGCAUCGGCCUGCAUGUGGGUGGCGUUUUGUUCUUGGAUAAUCUGCAAUAUCCUCUUUUCCAUGCCGUCUUUUAUUUAUGGAGCUUAUAUGAUCUUGGUGACAGCAGCUUUUAUUAUAUUCUCACUAAUUUCAUUCUCAACUGUUAGAAAUGUCUCAUUUUGUAAUAUUCAGUUUGGGACAGACGUUCUGAAAACAGAGUUUGGACCCUCUUUUUGGCUGACUCUUGCAACAGGUCUUCUCUGCUUUUUCAUUGGAAUAACAUUCAUCGUGCUAGACCGGUGUGUCCCAGAAAAAUUGAAGGUUUUUUUUAACAUGAUCGAGGAGGAUGAAGAAGAAUACUACCCAGAACUUUAUGUUAAUGAAUAUUGCCAUCACCCAGAUGUAUAA